UCUGCGCGUGUACGUGUGGUGGCAUGGCGAAGGCCUUGUUUCCAAACCUCCGUAGAGCUGCUUCCCUGCUCAGAAUCUCAUCUCCCAAGUCGUUUCUCGUCAGGACAACUUUGGAAGCCCAAGAAUCAAUUUGUAGUGUAACCAGGCAUUUUCUUCCACUCAAACAGGCAAGUCCUUCGUGGGUUUUCAGGAACUUGAGCCAUGGUUCGGUGAACCUUGUGAUAUCACAAGGAAAUCCCAGGUUUGAAACGCAUGAGGAGGAUCCUCCUCCGAAGCAUAAAUGGCUGACCAAGAAGAGGCUGAAGAUGAAGAGGAUGAGGGAAAAGCAGAAGAGAAAUGCGGCCAAUAAGAGGGACCCGCGUUGUCUAGGCGUCACGAGGAAGAAGAAGAUGAGGUUUGCCAAUGCUGAGGAGAGAAUUAAGUACAAGCUUGAAAAGGCCAAGAUUAAGGAAGCUUUGCUGAUUGAAAGACUGAAGCGGUAUGAAGUUCCUAAAGCUCAGGGUCCUGUGGUAAAACCCCAUGACCUGACUGGUGAGGAGCGGUUUUAUAUUAAAAAAAUGGGUCAGAAGAGGUCUAAUUAUGUACCGAUUGGCAGAAGAGGAGUAUUUGGAGGUGUUAUUCUUAAUAUGCAUAUGCAUUGGAAGAAACAUGAAACUGUUAAGGUCAUUUGUAAGCCUUGUAAACCUGGGCAAAUACAUGAGUAUGCACAUGAAAUUGCUAGAUUGAGUGGUGGGAUCCCCAUUCAGAUUAUGGGAGAUGACACCAUAAUAUUUUAUCGAGGAAAGGACUAUGUGCAGCCAAAAGUUAUGUCACCUAUAGAUACGUUAUCCAAGAAAAAGGCAUUGGAAAAAUCCAAGUAUGAGCAAUCACUUGAAACCGUAAGGCACUUCAUUGCUAUUGCUGAGAAGGAAUUAGAACUCUAUUACAGGCACAUGGCCCUUUAUGGUGACCCAAAUGAUAGAAAUCCCAUUUCCAUGUUGGACAGUCCAAGUAAAGACUCCAAGGAAUCAGGGAAACUGGAAAAGAAAAGCCUUGAUUCAAGCAGUGGUUGCUUUCACACAGGUCUUUCAGAUUUGGAAGCUGAUUCUGCAGAGAUAUCAGAAACUGAAGAUAAUGUUGAAGAUGAUGACUUAUCUAUAAAUGAAUCAGAUUCUGAAGAUGACAGCAUAUGUAUUUCUGAUGGUGAGGAAAGAGAAGAAAGAUCUUCUAUGAUAGAAGGGAGGUCCAACACAUCAAUGUUUAAAAAUAAGUAUGAUUCUGACUAUAAAGAUUUUUUAAAAGAACAUAUUAUAGAUGUAAAGAGAUAAUCUAGAUUCCAUAUGCUUCUAUCUCUUGUUAAGUAAGCUGAGGCUGUGAGGCACUCUUGGUUUGAUAAGCAUCUAAAUGAUUUUGUUUAGAUAGUUUUGGGAAAGAUGCCGAGUAAAGUCUCUUUCCAUUUACAUCUAUGUGGGGUUUUAGGAAAAGAUGGCUAAGAGAUACUGUUAUAGAAAGAGAUUUUUCCAUCUCACCAUUUCAACUCA